GGCGAUCGGGUUUCGCCAGAGUAUCCAUGCUCUGUGGUGUGGAUACGCCUCCUUGGCCAGUCCAUGGUGCCAGCAGCCUUGUUGAUGCUAGGAAAUGUGAAAUGACACCAUGACGCCUCCAACAUUUCUUCCGCUUCAUCCGAAAAUGAUAUUUCCAGGCUUCAAGAGCAAGUGCAAAAACUAGAAAAGGAAAAAAAAGAACUAGAGGCAGACUUUGGGGUCAAAUUUGCAAAGUUUAAGGAGCUCUUUCUACAAAAGGAAGCGGAACUGAGACAAAAACAUGAUUAUUGGGAACAAAGUCGUGUUGAACUGGAAAAACUGAAGUCAGACAUGGGCAAUGUCAGACAGGAGCUGGAGGAUGUAAAGACAGCUGCUGCCAUGUCGGAACAAGCUAAGCAGGAUGAGAUAGCUUCUGUACGGCAGCAGUAUGAACAGGAGAUUUCCAGCAUGCAGCAGCUGCUUGGGGAGGCUUCUGCAGAGGCUCAGAUGUCAACUGCAGCACAGUAUGAAACAGAGAGGAUGAACCUUGUUAAGCUGAAUGAGAAAUAUGAAGAAGAAAUACAGGAUCUCCGCAACAAGCUUAGUCAAGAAAGGGAAGGAUUUUUGGUGUCAGUGGCUAAGUCUCUGAGGCGUGUUGGGGGAGUCAGUGGUCCAAGUACUUUUAACAUCAGUACAGAACAUGAAAACCUAGAGGACAGCAUGCGCAAGGCUCAGGAAGAUACACAGCUCCUCAAGUCUGUGGUGCUACCACUGGAAGAAGAGAUCAAGACUUUGCGAGAACAGCUGCAGAAAGCUCAGGAACAGCUGCGAGAAUCUGGCAUUCAGUCAGCUGAUGGGAAACCUGAGAAAAAAUCUCCAACACUUGCUGAUCUGGACAACAUUGCAGACCCAAGGGAGAAGGUGGACAAGCUAAUGAAAUACCUUAAAGCUGAAAAAGCAGCACGGAUAGACCUUGAAAUGUAUGUUGCUGUGCUUACAACACAAAAAAAUGUGCUUCAGGAAGACACAGAGAAAGUGAGGAAGGAACUUCAUGAAGUGUGUAGAUUGCUGGAGGAAGAGAAACAGGCCCAUGAAGCUCUGAAACAGACAUGGCAGAUGGCAAAUGACCAGUUCUUAGAGUCACAGCGCCUUAUGAUGAUGGACAUGCGGCGUAUGGAGAGUGUGCUGUCAGCAGAACAACAAAGGCAGAUAGCAGAGCUUCAGCAGAAAGACCAGGAGCGAGAAGCUCAGGAGAAGAAGGUGAAGGAACUUGGGGAGCGUCGGGAGCGACAGGAGCGAGAGCAGGCCGAACGGAGAAAACAGAGUUUCUCACAAUCAGAUCAGGGAUCACAAGAAUCAUCAGAGUACUCCAGAGAUGAAUUAAACUUGUAUGAGAAAUCCAAGAGUCAGUCCAAGAGUUCCUUGACAUCCUCCAAUUCGGAUGAUAUUGGACAUUUUGAUGCUGUGGACGAUGGUGGGAUGCGCCGAUCACAAUCAAGUUCAGAACUGCCUAGCUUAGCAGAAGAAAAGCUUGCGAGCUCGGCAGUUCAUGAGACAAGGUCAUUGAGUGAUGUGGAUGGGAUAAUCGUGAGAAUUAGCCCUGAGAAAGUGCUGACACUGCAGUCGGCAUCCCUCACUGCUGCUCAGACAAAAGCCAUAACAGAUCCAACACCUGAAGUGGAAGCUCGUAAAAACUUACUUGCAGCAGCCAAAGCAAAGUCUGAUCACAUUUCACUAGAAGGCAAGCGACUUGUCAGUGAACGAGAAUGGCACCUUCUUCAAGAAGAGAUCAGGUUAGCUCGUGAGAAGCUGGGUCGCCCAUGUUCCAUGUGCAGUAAUUAUGAGGCCCAGCUUCAGGCUGUUCAGGAAGAUCUUAAGAACACCAAGAAGGAAAGCAAGCGACUUGAGCGCCUUGUGACCCAUGAGCAGCAAGCAGCUGAAAAUGCAUUGAAGUAUCAGAUUCAGCUGGAAGAAGCACUGAAAGUGUCUGCAGAGGAAGCCCAGACAGAGGUGACCAACCUCACGACAAAAGUUACGGAAUGUGAAAAGUACAUAAAUGGCAUCAAAAGCUCCUUCACACAUACACAGUUACAGCUACAAGACCAGCUGAAACUGUUGUCAGAAAAUCGUUUGGAAGUUCAGAAAGAGCUUACUAAGCUCCAAGAUGAGAAUGAUAACUUGUUGGGAAAACAUUCCAAGACUGCCCAGCAACUUCAGAAUGAGGACAUCAACUUGCCCAAUAACCUGGAGGAGAUGCAGCUGCUCUUACUGAAAUAUCGGGAGGAGAUCAUUGCUGCCAAAGUGGCCAAGGAGCACAGUGAAGAGACUCUCAAGAGCGAGCAGGUGUUUUUGAGAUCGCAGUUGCUGUCGGAGCAAGAGGAAAAACAACGAAUGGAAGACACCCUUAGUCAAGAAAUCAGCCUACUGCAAGCCAAAGCUAGUCUCUUGGAUCGCAUGAAGGCAGAUCUGGAAAGAGAGAGCUCACAGCGAGCUGAGUUUGAAACGAAGCUCAGGGAAGCUGAGACCUCACUCAAAAGUAUCCAGGCCAAAUCCAAGCAGUUGAUAGGAGCACUCCAGCAGCGAGUAGAGGAGAGCGAAAAAGCCAAAACUCAGGCAGAGGAGGAUAUUCAAAAGUUACGUGGUAAAAUCCAGUCGCUACAGGUUGAUCUGGACAACAGUGAGGCUGUCCAACGGGACUUUGUCAAGUUGUCUCAAUCUUUGCAGAUUCAGCUGGAGAAGAUCCGACAGGCAGAGACAGAGGUGCGGUGGCAGCAUGAGGACGAUGUGGAGGAUUGCAAUAACUGCAGGCUGAUGUUCUCAGUCACAAAACGCAAGCAUCACUGUCGUCACUGUGGCAGAAUAUUCUGUGCUGACUGCAUCACAAAGUCUGUCAACAGUGGGCCCAUGGGCCGUCCAGCCAAAGUCUGUGAUGUCUGCCAUACAAUUCUUGUCAAAGAUGCAACUCCAUAUUUCAGUCGGGAACCACCAGUGACACCAGACUGACACACCUCUUGCACCUUGGGAUGGUGGCUGCUCUUAUUUUUCAACAGUUUUUAUUGCCUUAUGUUCCAUUUCCCCUCUGCACUUGUUUUACACCUGGUUUGUCUCAUCAGUUUGAGUCCUUUUCAGCCUUGGAGAGGAGGCAACAUCUUUAGAAGAUCUCUAAAGGUCAUAUUUAAAAAAGAGCAUCUUACAUCAUGAAGUCAUGUAAAUGUUCUUGCCAAGAAAGCAUUAUUGCUGUUUCCUAUGGCAUGGAACCCAUGAAACGAUUUUCUGGGUGUCCUGGUGCAGUGUGAAUGUGGAACAGAUUGGCUUGGUCUAGGUGAAUGUGGCAUUGUAGUUCAGAAUUUGAUAAAACGUUAUUUCAUCUCAUGUAAAUUGAAAUUCAUCUAGUUUAGCAGUUUUUUGCUGCUGUACAACUCAAAUGAGCAAUGUUUGCAAACAAGUUACGAGAGAAACUACUAGAGUCCUUAUUGCUGGCGAAUAGCAAAGUCAGGCUUUGCUUAGAUGGCAUGGUUGCAAUGUCAGUGGGUCUUGGCAAGGCAGAAUAAUUAUUGAAGUGUUGUAAAGCGAUGAGCUAAGCAACUUUUAUCAGUGCUGGAGUUCUGUAAGACUGAUGUCCUGGUUUUUCAGGGAUGUGAACUAUCUGGAAUAUAAUAGCAAGAGUACUCAAGAUCUUGCACUACUGUUACCAUAAAAAUGUAGAAAUCUGCACUGAACAUAUCAGUGUGUGCAGAUUAGCAAGUUUUUCUGUUAUCCACUUGGGAAAAUGUGUGUUUGUUUGUGUGUGUGUGAACGCACGUGUGCAAGUACAUGCAUGUGUUUGUGUAUGCAUGUAAGCAUGCAAAUCACACUGAUUGAGAUUUGUAUCUCGGAUUCAAGAAUUUUACGUUUCUUUUUGUCUUUUAAAGUGCUAGUCAUUUUCUUCUAAUGUGAGAAGUCUUUCUUUCCAAGUGUUUCCAAGGUGUCAGUAUAUACUUGAGGUUGUAUUGACAUAUUCUUCCUUGUCCCUUUGUAUCAUUGAGUUUGCAGCUGUUGUUCAAGAAUUAGCAGAUGUUGGUGCUACUCAGACAAUGUGAUUGUGGUUUUUAUUCUGCACCAACACUUUAACAUCAAAUAGCAACAGAUUCAUCAGAGAAGUCUAUAACAUGCAGACUCGACUCCUAUUGACCCAUCUUCUAAAAUCUGUCCCUAAGUUUCUUCACUGAUAUGAAAGGAAAAAGUUGACAGAAAAUAGAAUAUAUAUAUAUUUGUGCCUGUUGUGUUUUGAAUCGUCUUAUCUUUUCAUAGAGUGAUACAUCUCUUUUAGCACAAAUCUGACAUUGUUUAUUUAGCUUAAAUAAAGUAUCAAUUUCACCAAAUAAAUUACUGUGAAGAUAAUCUGCAGGUUGCUGUACUUGAGAAAUGCAACUGUAAAAAUCUGAACCCAAGUAACUUCAUCCAUACAGCCGUGCAGUACCAUUCACUUGCCUCAAUCACUCAAUUGAGUUAAAACCUUAAAACAAGGGAGAAAAACUCAAAUUUCUUCAAAAAUCACUGAAGUUUGACUUGUUUUUGUAUGAUAAGCUGUCAAAUAUAAGUACAUGACCUGUAAUUACCUCCCUUUGAUCAGAUCAUUGUCAUUUUUCAAUGCACAAGAAAGAUGGGCAAAAGCGUGGUCUUGCAAAAUCUGCCCCUUCGGGGGAAAAACAAAUUGAAGAGAUCUGAAGUUGGUGAAAUCUAGGGUGCCUUAGAGGGAGGGGGCAGAAGACUUGUAAAAGUGUGUUUGUUUAUAUCAAUAGGGAAUGUGAUUACACAAAUUGACGAAGUGUUUGCUGUUGGUGUUCCAGACCACUGUGAAUAGGCGGAAGACCUUGUUUGUAGAAAGCGGAACAAGGCAGACCCAUGUUCUUAAAUCAGCAUGUUGACUAGUCAAUAAUCACCGUUGACUAGUGUGCAUUUUUUAUAUUGAUUUCUGAUACUUCAGAAAUGGCUAAUGAGUUCAUACCAGUAAGCAAGCAAACAGCAAACAAGCUAGGGUUGGUGUGUUGGGAGCAUUGUAAUGGGGAUGGGGACUGUAAAGAUAAUCGAAGAAGAUGGAUGCUGUUGAGGGAUAAGGAAAGAAAGAGCUAUAAAGAAACCUACUCAACUUAUGGACUGAGGUGAUCGACAGUUAGCCAAGGACCAGUACAUUUUUCAAGAACAAAAAGUACUUAGACAUAUCCUCUUACAAGCAACAGGGCAUUAUCAAAACGUGAUGAGAAAGAAUACUGUGAAACAAUGGGGACAGAGGCUAUAUAUGUUGCACGGUAGAAGGAGAAAAGGUCUAAUUUUCAUUUGAUAGGCCUGGUAUAAUCAUUCGAAAAUUGCUAAUAGCUGUAAUGAAGGCCUCGAAUGAUUACUCGUGAGGGUUGAUAUUGCUUAUGGCUAUAUGUACACUCAUAUGGUCUAGUUUGGUGAGAAAAAAGAAUGCUAAUGGUUGGCAGAACAGAAACUUUAGUUGCACCAAAAGGAGUGGUUAUUCAAUUAACUGAUGCAUGCCCCACAAGGGUUCAUGUGUAUAAAGACCAUUCUGUGUGUACAUUUUGGUUAAUCUUUAAUAUUAUUUAACUUUUGAAUAUUUGUGAUAGUCUAGUACUGUUCAGUAUUUAAUGAUCCGUAUUGUUUGGUGUUAUAAAAUUUGGGUCCGGCAAAUUGAGGGAACAGUGUAACAGAUACAGUAUGGUGAGACGUUGAUAAGCUGUAUGUAUAUGUCCAGAGUAAAGUUUGCUUCAGCAGUUA